CUUUCACUUGAUUUUGUUUUGCUUCAUGGAUUCUGGAUCGUCGAAAGGAUUUGAUUUUGCAUCCGACGAUAUUCUUUGCUCUUACGAAGAUUACACAAAUCAAGACAAUUCCAACGGAAAUCACUCUGAUUCAGCGAUCGGCACUAAUUCCUCUAAAGUAUUCUUCUUUUUGUCUCUUAAUCUCUCUAACUCGUAGUUUAUUUACCUGUUUUUGCUUUCUAGGGUUUUUUUUUUUUUUUUUAAUUUAUGUUUGGGGAUCUUUUUUUUAUUUCAAUUGCUUUAUGCGCGGUUUGCAUUUUAUGAUAGCAAAUAUGGGAUUUAGAAAAAAGGGUUUUCGUUUUUUAUUCUUAAGGUGGGUGACCUGCAAUGAUAUAUAUGCAUCUAUUGCGCAACUACGACUUCUAAAGCAGUAUUUUUGGGUAGUUUGUGUCUUAUGAUCAUUAGCGUAUCGUGGUACCGGACUUUAGAAAGGGCUUGGAUUGUUUAUUCAAUUAGAGAGAAUUUUACCUUUUAUACGCAGGUGAAACUUGCAAAGCAGGGCUGAUGUUGUGAAAGCAAGAGCAUUUAUACUUCUGUUGUAAUUUUUGGUUAUGUGGUUUAGAUUAUUUAUGGUUGUGGAAGUCGCAGAAGCAUAUUCAUGAGGGUUAGACUUAAAGUAGGUGUUGUGUUUUGUUGCUUACUAUGGUAAUAUUCAAUCUGCUUGAGCUUGUGCUAGCCAUUUUAUGUGUCCGUAUCCAUGGGAUUUAUUGGUUUUAACUUUACAACCUGUAUCUUAAUAUUAUAUUUGGUUAGCCUUUCAGAUUUAAUGAUUGGUUGUCGAAGAUUUAAAUGCUUCUUGGCAGAAUAAUAUAAUCCAGUAUACCUGGCCUUUUUGUCCCUGCUGUUCACUCUUCUACAUCAUGUCACCAUUCUUGUUCUUAAGUUAUGCUAAAAGUCGAUGUAAGAACUAGUUUUAGGUUUAGAAAAAAUGGAAGAUUGGACAAAGCAGUGCUAAACAAAUCAGACACUUUGGUACUACAAUGGCAGUAAAAACUGUAUUUGAGGUUGUGGCAAUGGAAGGUCAAAUUUUCUCUUGUUUGUUGGUGUAACUGCAAUAAUUGCAUUUUUAGAAGGAAUUCCACAAAAGCAGGAUGAGUAGACCAUCUGUAUUCCCUGCUUCCUCAUAUAGUCCGCCAGAUGAUUCUGGUAACCAAGAUGUGGUCAUAGCUGCUGUUGAGAGAUCCAUGAAGAAACAUUCUGACAAUCUUAUGCGCUUUCUUGAGGGUCUUAGUUCACGUCUCUCACAGUUGGAAUUAUAUUGCUAUAAUGUUGAUAAAUCAAUUGGAGAGAUGCGUUCUGAUCUGGCACGUGAUCAUGGAGAAUCUGAAGCAAAACUUAAGUUUCUUGAGAAGCAUCUUCAAGAGGUUCAUAGAUCUGUACAGAUCAUACGAGACAAGCAGGAACUUGCUGAUACCCAAAAGGAACUAGCUAAGCUUCAACUUGCACAGAAAGAGUCUUCUGCUGGUCAUGACUCUCAGAAAAGUGGGGAAACAUCUCCGGUUCCUUCUGAUACCAAAAGGAAUGACAAUGCAGCCGAAGGGCAUGGUCAGCAAUUAGCUCUUGCUCUUCCUCAUCAAGUUGCCCCACUCCCUGCCCCGCAGCCUGCCGCACCUCAGCCACAGAUGGCUCCCCAGCCAAUGAGUCAGUCACAAACAUACUAUUUAUCUCCAUCCCAGUUACCAAAUAUACCUGCCCCCACCCAACUUACUCAAAAUCACUAUCUGCAAUCUGAUCCCCAUUACCAGAACCCACCACCCCAACGCAGUCAAGUGAGUCAGCCUCAGCCACAACCACAGCCUCAAGUCCACUCCCUCCCUCAAUAUCAGCAGCAAUGGGCCCAGCAGGUAUCUCAGCAGGUGCAACCACCUCAGCCUGCAGUUAGACCUUCUUCACCUCAAGUUUUCCCUCCUUAUCUCCAAAGUCAACAAGUUAACCCUUCCACUCCUGAAACCCUCCCAAAUAGUAUGCCGAUGCAAAUGCCUUACUCUGGCAUUCCCCAGCCUAGCUCUAGCCAAGCAAUGACAUAUGCAUUUGGUGGGCCUGGCCGAACGCCUCAGCAACCAUCUCAGCAUCUCAAGCCAGGUUUUGGAGGUCAACAGAAUGAUGGGUAUGUAGCUGGUGGGCAUUCCAAUGUGCCUCAAGGGAAUACUUAUAUGAUGUACGAUAGCGAAGGGGGAAGGGUCCCACAUGCUAGCCACCCGACUCACUUCUCUCAAUCUGUUUAUCCUCCAAAUCCACAACAAAACAGUGGCAGUAGUAUGAUGGCUCGUCCUCCACCUCAAUUCAUGCGCAGCCAUCCUUACAAUGAACUGAUUGAUAAGUUAGGAAGCAUGGGAUUCAGGGGUGAACACGUGAUAAGUGUGAUUCAGAGGCUAGAGGAGAAUGGACAGACGGUUGAUUUCAACACGGUGCUUGACAGGCUGAAUGUUCAUCCUUCCGGGGGAUCACAGAGAGGAUGGUCUGGUUAAACCAAGUAUGCAAUAUUCAAAUCCCCUGCAAUUUCCAUGGAAAAUCAUUUGUGUUUUAGGUUUAUCAAUCUAGAGUGCGUAAUAAAUUUCAAUAUGAUUGUCAUGGUGAUUUGGUACAUAUGGAUGGAGAGAUAUCUUUUAGUUUCCACUCUCCAUUCAAAGUUUAAUAUGGCUUUAUGAACCCUGUUGUGGUUAUUUUCUAUAGAUAAUACCUGAUUCGCCUUUGUUGACUGUGUAAUCAUUCUGUUGCCUUGGUGUAUAUUAAGUUUUUUAAAAUUUAAAAAUAAA